AUGGAGGUUCAUCACCACCAGUAUGGACCAGAUAUCAAAUACCACGUGGGGACAUCAUCCAUCAUUGAGGUACAUCACCACCAGUAUGGACCAGAUAUCAAAUACCACGUGGGGACAUCAUCCAUCAUUGAGGUUCAUCACCACCAGUAUGGACCAGAUAUCAAAUACCACGUGGGGACAUCAUCCACCAUUGAGGUACAUCACCACCAGUAUGGACCAGACAUCAAAUAUCCAAUUGGGACAUCAUCCAUCAUUGAGGUACAUCAUCAACAGUGGGGAUCAGACAUCAAAUAUCACGUGGGGACAUCAUCCAUCAUUGAGGUACAUCAUCAACAGUAUGGACCAGACAUCAAAUACCACGUGGGGACAUCAUCCAUCAUUGAGGUACAUCAUCAACAGUAUGGACCAGACAUCAAAUACCACGUGGGGACAUCAUCCAUCAUUGAGGUUCAUCACCACCAGUAUGGACCAGAUAUCAAAUACCACGUGGGGACAUCAUCCAUCAUUGAGGUACAUCACCACCAGUAUGGACCAGAUAUCAAAUACCACGUGGGGACAUCAUCCAUCAUUGAGGUUCAUCACCACCAGUAUGGACCAGAUAUCAAAUACCACGUGGGGACAUCAUCCACCAUUGAGGUACAUCACCACCAGUAUGGACCAGACAUCAAAUAUCCAAUUGGGACAUCAUCCAUCAUUGAGGUACAUCAUCAACAGUGGGGAUCAGACAUCAAAUAUCACGUGGGGACAUCAUCCAUCAUUGAGGUACAUCAUCAACAGUAUGGACCAGACAUCAAAUAUCACGUGGGGACAUCAUCCAUCAUUGAGAUUUCCUUCAUGUCUUCCUAA